UGAGGAGGACCCGCGGCGGGGCGAAGAUGGAGCCCUUUACCAAUGAUCGACUUCAGCUUCCAAGGAAUAUGAUUGAAAACAGCAUGUUUGAAGAAGAGCCAGAUGUGGUAGAUUUAGCCAAAGAACCUUGCUUACAUCCUCUGGAACCUGAUGAAGUUGAGUAUGAGCCCCGGGGUUCAAGGCUACUGGUACGAGGCCUUGGUGAGCAUGAGAUGGAUGAAGACGAAGAGGAUUAUGAGUCAUCUGCGAAACUGCUGGGCAUGUCCUUCAUGAACAGAAGCUCAGGCCUUCGGAACAGUGCGGCGGGCUACAGGCAGAGUCCAGAUGGGACCUGUUCAGUACCCUCUGCCAGGACCUUGGUGGUCUGCAUUUUUGUCAUUGUGGUUGCUGUCUCUGUCAUCCUGGUGAUUUAUUUACUGCCUAGGUGUACCUUUACCAAAGAAGGCUGCCACAAAACAAACCAGUCGGCAGGCCUAAUACAGCCACUUGCUACAAAUGGGAAAUUGUUUCCGUGGGCACAAAUUAGGCUUCCCAGUGCCGUCAUUCCUCAGCGCUAUGAACUCAGCAUACAUCCGAACCUCACCACAAUGACAUUCAGGGGCUCGGUGACAAUCUCGCUUCAGGCUCUUCAGGACACACAGAAUAUCAUCCUACAUAGCACAGGACAUAAUAUUUCAAGAGCAACAUUUAUGUCAGCAGUGUCAAGUCAAGAAAAAACAGUUGAAAUCCUGGAAUAUCCAUAUCAUGAACAAAUCGCCAUUGUUGCCCCUGAAGCCCUCCUGACAGGGCUUAAUUACACCGUGAAGAUGGAGUACUCAGCAAACAUAUCUAACUCUUAUUAUGGGUUUUAUGGCAUCACCUACACAGAUAAAAAUAAUGAGAAAAAGUACUUUGCAGCAACUCAGUUUGAACCUCUGGCAGCGAGAUCUGCUUUUCCUUGUUUUGAUGAACCAGCAUUUAAGGCCACAUUUAUCAUCAAGAUCACAAGGAAUGAGCACCACACUGCAUUGUCAAAUAUGCCUAAGAAGUCAUCAGUCCCUGCAGAAGGAGGACUUAUUCAGGAUGAGUUUUGUGAAAGUGUGAAGAUGAGCACCUACCUGGUUGCUUUCAUUGUAGGGGAGAUGCGGAACCUGAGUCAGGAUGUACAUGGAACCCUGGUUUCUAUAUAUGCUGUCCCAGAAAAGAUUGAUCAAGUUCACCAUGCCUUUGACACAACUGUGAAGCUCCUGGAGUUUUACCAAAAUUACUUUGAAAUUCAAUACCCACUUAUGAAAUUGGAUUUGGUGGCCAUUCCUGACUUUGAAGCGGGAGCAAUGGAAAACUGGGGCCUACUUACAUUCCGAGAAGAGACUCUUCUGUAUGACAAUGCCACUUCUUCAGUAGCAGAUAGAAAGCUGGUUACCAAGAUCAUUGCUCACGAGCUGGCACAUCAGUGGUUUGGUAAUCUGGUGACAAUGCAGUGGUGGAAUGACCUGUGGCUAAAUGAAGGCUUCGCCACCUUCAUGGAGUAUUUCUCUGUGGAAAAAAUAUUCAAAGAGCUCAACAGUUAUGAAGACUUCUUAGAUGCUCGAUUUAAAACCAUGAGGAAAGAUUCCUUGAAUUCAUCUCACCCAAUAUCAUCAUCUGUUCAGUCUUCAGAACAAAUAGAAGAGAUGUUUGACUCUCUUUCCUAUUUUAAGGGAGCUUCUCUCUUACUGAUGUUGAAAACGUACCUUAGUGAAGAUGUGUUUCAGCAUGCUAUCAUUCUAUACCUGCACAACCACAGCUAUGCGUCCAUUCAAAGUGAUGAUCUCUGGGACAGCUUUAAUGAGGUCACAAACAAAACACUAGAUGUGAAGAAAAUGAUGAAAACCUGGACCCUACAGAAGGGGUUCCCAUUAGUGACGGUCCAGAGGAAGGGGGCUGAGCUACAUCUACAACAGGAACGGUUUUCUCUAAGCAUGCAACCAGAAACUCAGGCUUCGGAUGCGAGCCACCUUUGGCAUAUUCCAAUAUCCUACGUCACUGAUGGAAAAAACUAUUCAGAAUACCGAUCAGUUUCACUACUGGACAAGAAAUCAGAUGUCAUCAAUCUUACAGAGCAGGUGCAGUGGGUCAAAGUCAAUACCAACAUGACUGGCUAUUACCUUGUUCAUUAUGCUGAUGAUGACUGGGCAGCUCUAAUCAAUCAGUUAAAAAGAAAUCCUUAUGUUCUGAGUGACAAAGACCGAGCCAACCUCAUCAAUAACAUCUUUGAACUUGCAGGCCUUGGCAAAGUGCCUCUUCGAAUGGCGUUUGAUCUGAUUGACUAUCUUAGAAAUGAGACCUACACCGCACCUAUCACUGAAGCAUUGUACCAGACGGGUCUCAUCUAUAACCUCCUGGAAAAACUGGGUCACAUGGACCUGGCCUCAAGAUUGGUGACCAGAGUAUAUAAAUUGCUCCAGAACCAAAUCCAGCAGCAGACUUGGACUGAUGACGGCACGCCAUCCAUGCGAGGGCUUCGCUCAGCCUUGCUGGAGUUUGCCUGUGCCCACAGCCUAGGGAACUGUACCACUAUGGCUGCAAAGCUGUUUGACAAUUGGAUGGCAUCAAACGGGACUCAGAGCCUGCCGACUGAUGUCAUGGUCACUGUGUUCAAAGCUGGAGCAAGAACCGAGACAGGCUGGUUGUUCCUCUUACACAUGUAUUCCUCCAUGGGCUCUGAAGCAGAAAAGAACAAAAUACUUGAAGCUCUUGCCAGCUCAGAGGAUGUACAGAAACUUUACUGGUUAAUGAAAAGUAGCCUGGAUGGUGGUAUUAUCCGAACACAGAAGUUGUCACUUAUAAUUAGAACAGUGGGCAGACACUUCCCUGGACACUUGCUGGCAUGGGAUUUUGUUAAAGAAAACUGGAAUAAGCUUGUACAUAAGUUCCAUCUGGCCUCCUAUACCAUCCAAAGUAUUGUUGCUGGAUCUACUCACCUGUUUUCAACAAAGACACAUUUGUCUGAGGUCCAGGCAUUCUUUGAAAAUCAGUCAGAGGCAACCUUGCAGCUUCGGUGUGUCCAGGAGGCUUUGGAAGUUAUUCAACUGAAUAUCCAGUGGAUGGCGAGAAAUCUGAAAACACUGCCGUGGUGGCUGUAGCACUCACAGCUGACCUUCUGGCGCCCAUGGCUCUGCGGUUUUUGCAAAGGUUGAGGCGAAGGCAGGCCUGCUGCUGAGUUGUUUGCACUGUUAGGACUUCUAGUUAGCUCAGGGCCCAAUUGUACUUUUUAUGUCUUUUCUGAAAUGUCUUUAGGCAGCAAGUAGUUAUUUAUUACAAAAUUAUAUUCACCUCUAUGCCAACCAUCUACAAAAAUAAUGAAUAAUUUCUCUUUGUCAUAGAAAUGGAGAAAAAAAAGGUCAGAUUUGAAAUUCUGUUGUGUUGCUUAGUGGCCAGAGUAUU